AAACAGACAUCCAUUCCAUCCCCCCCUUUGCACUCUCGUUUUGUGGAAAACUCCUCUCGCCUCAGCAUGCCCGUCAAAGGAAUCACCAGCCAAGCAGACUACCAGAACAUCCUCUCUGGCGCAGGACCCACCAAGCUCGUCGUUGUCGACUUUACAGCUGCCUGGUGCGGACCUUGCCAGAUCAUCAAGCCCAUCUUUGAAAAGCUGUCGAACCAGUAUCGCCAUGUUAUCUUUGUCAAGGUCGAUGUUGAUGAUUUCCAGGAGGUUGCUGCGGUCGCUGGCGUUUCUUCCAUGCCCACAUUCCAGUUCUUCAAGGCGAACGAAAAAAUUGCAGAGAUGAAGGGCGCGAACCCAACACAGCUCGAGGCCCUGAUCAAACAGCACCAGGGACCCGUUGGUGAGGAGGGUGCAUCGGGAUCGGGAUCUGGACCCUUGGUGGCAGGACAUGCGGAUAUUUCGGAUCAAAUCACGCUCAACCAGGUCGAUUGCCUGAACCAGCAGGCCGCCAACCAUAUCAGGAACGCACUCAAGACCGAUGAUACCUUCUUGGAGAGUGAUGUCGAUGAGCAGCUUAUCAUUUCGGUCCCCUUUAACCAGGCCAUCAAGCUGCACUCACUCAAGAUUGUUCCCAAGGAUAUUGCCCAUGCCCCAAAGACGAUCAAGCUGUACGUAAACAAGUUGACGCUCGGAUUCGACGAGGCAGAAAGCGUGCAGGAGACCCAGACGAUUGUGUUGACGGAGAAGGAUUACGAGGGCAACGGCUUGAUCCCUCUGCGCUUUGUCAAGUUCCAGAAUGUGACGAGUGUCAUCUUGUUUAUCGAGGACAACUUGGGCGAUGAGGAAACGACACAGAUCAAGCAGCUGGUGUUCAUUGGAAGUCCUCUGGAUAGCACCGACAUGACUGCGCUCAAGAAGGUCGAGCAUGAACAUUAAAAGGUAGAAAAGUAAAAGAGGAGGCGACCGAAAAGUGUAAAAAGAUUGUGCCAAUAAAAGACUAUAUAUAUUCCA